GAAAAACCAUGUUUUAAAUUGGGGAAUGUACCUCUUAUCAAAGAUUCUCAGCAAGUGUUUCCAAAUGGGUUCCCAGAGGAAUACUUCUUAACAGCUACAUUUCGUGUCAGAAGAAACAGCAAAAGAGAACGCUGGUAUUUACUGCAGAUUUUAGAUCAGCAUAACUUGCCACAGGCUUACAUCUCAGUUGAUGGUUUAAAAAGAGUUAUAGAGUACGCCAUGCAAUCCACCCAGCGGAACUCCUUGCACUACGUCUUUAAAAGCCGCAAAAUCUAUCCUAUCUUUGACCGUCAAUGGCAUAAGCUUGGUAUCAGUGUACAGUCAAGGAUGAUUUCUCUUUAUGUGGACUGCAGCUUAAUUGAACAACGGAUGACUGAGGAAAAAGCUAGCCCUGACUUUCAAGGAAAGAUUCUCAUUGCUACCCAUUAUUUAGAUGGAAAACCUGUAGAUAUAGAACUUGGCCGCAUGAUCUUACACUGCAAUCCGAGCCUUGCUUCUCAGGAGAACUGUUGCGAAUUAUCUGAGCAUGUGCAACCUUUGGAGAAAAGCUUGAAAACUACUGCAGCAUCACCAUCAAUUGGUCACAUUGGUGAAAUACAUGCGCUUCCAAUAAUGGAAAAAAACUCUGGAGAAAAAUGUUUUUGCUCUCAGAACAAGGGAGAAGCAGGAUUGCCAGGGGUAGCUGGUUUGCCAGGCCACAAGGGAGAAAAG